CAUUAUGCGCUUUUUUAUCUGAUAACGUAUUGUUUGCUUGCACCGAUAUGUCGUUAUUGAAUUUGGAUAAGAUUUUAUGUUGUGCAUUUAGUCCUUUACGGUUCUGGUGUGCUAUGCAAAGUUCUCGGUACGAUGUAAAUAUCCGCUACAUUUCCGACGAUUGGUUCGUGCACCGAUGCAAGUGCUUGCCUGUCGGUGCUACACAUACUGGCCCGAUUUUGGAUUUUCUUAAUGAAAGCCAUCUCCGAUUUGGGAAUAUGUAGUCCUCCUGCCUUAAUAAAUAUCUUCAUUUAUCCUUAUCUGAUUUGUUACGGUUUCAUCUUUGUGAUUUUAUAUGGACUUGAGUCUUGAUUUCAAAACUUCAGCGCCAUGUUUUUGUAAUUUAAUUUCUCAUUACGAAGGAUGUCGAUCACAUCACCAGUUGAUCCGUAACUGACGGGUGUAAGGUGCAGUGGUCAUCUGAAUCAUAUCCGGUGGCUUGUGCGUGAUAGUCUGGUUGCCUACUGUUUUGACAUCCCGCGCAGUUGAUCGGCAUUUUGUGCUCGUUAAGAUGGGAGGGUUUGCACAAUUUGGGAAGUGGCUCGGAAAAGCGCGCUCUGGUUCGGCGGGCUCAGAUGGACCUCGAAAACAGCGGGAGAUAUUUAUCAAUCAGCACGACCAAAAUGCCCAAUUUCGUUAUGCGAAUAAUUACAUCAAGACGUCCAAAUACAACGUGCUGACGUUUCUGCCAAAGAAUCUGUUUGAACAAUUCCAACGAUUGGCCAAUGUGUAUUUUUUCGUCUUAAUGUUACUGCAGUGGUGUCCAGUUAUUUCCUCGCUGACGCCAAUCACAACAAUGAUGCCGCUGUUCUUUGUGCUGCUACUGACGGCUGUGAAGGAUCUCGUUGACGAUGUGCAACGCCACCGGAGUGAUAACAAAGUCAAUGGACGGCGGUCUGACGUUUUGCGGGGAGGGAAGUUUGUACAGGAGCGGUGGGAUAAAGUGGUGGUCGGGGAUAUCAUUCGCAUGGAAGAUGGUCAGUUCGUUGCCGCGGAUCUUAUGCUGCUAUCGUCCAGUGAACCCAAUGGACUUGUUUAUAUUGAAACCGCUGAGUUGGACGGGGAGACCAAUUUAAAACCGCGACAAGCUCUCGUGGAAACAGAGCCGCUGAAAGACAGCAAUGAGAAAUUCGCCGACCUCAAAGCGCAAAUCACUUGCGAAGCUCCCAAUAACAAUUUGAGCAAAUUCGAAGGAGUGCUCAAACUCGAUGAUGGAAAAUCUCUUCCCAUCACUAAUAACCAGAUUUUACUUCGCGGUUGCAUUUUGCGCAAUACAGUAUGGUGCUAUGGCGUUGUGGUGUUUGCCGGCAAGGAUACGAAACUCAUGCAGAACAGCGGGAAGACCAAAUUCAAACGGACCAAUAUUGAUAAACUCCUGAAUAAAAUUAUUAUCGGGAUUGUGAUGUUCCUCUUCGUUCUGUGCUUCGCUGGCAGUAUUGGCUGUGGAUUCUGGGAGUACACUACCGGGAGGAAAUUCCAGUGGGUCAUGCCGUGGGAGGAACGGGUGGUGGGCGGUUAUAGCGAGGAAACUGCGAUUGCGGUGACAUCCAUUCUCAUGUUCUUUUCCUACGUCAUUAUGCUCAAUACACUGGUGCCUAUAUCGCUUUAUGUCAGUGUGGAAAUUGUGCGCCUCUGCCACAGUGUACUGAUCAACUGGGAUCAUGAAAUGAUGCACAAUGGCAGCAGUUCGCAAGCACGCACCACCACCUUAACGGAACAGCUAGGCCAAAUCGAAUACAUAUUCAGCGAUAAAACCGGCACUUUAACGCAGAAUAUAAUGACAUUCAACAAGUGCUCCAUAAACGGCCGGCGUUACGGUGAUGUGCUGGAUGAUCAGGGAGAAAUCGUCGAACCGGACGAAGGUACACUGUUAACCGACUUCUCCAAAAAUCCCCUGGCCGAUCCCGCUUUCCGCUUCUUUGAUCCCAAACUGUUGACCGAUAUCGAAAACAAAGAUCCUGAUUGUGAUUUAUUUUUUCGGAUAUUAUCCUUAUGCCACACCGUGAUGCCGGAUGAGAAACACGGCAAAUUAGUCUACCAAGCGCAGUCGCCCGAUGAAGGCGCACUGGUCAGUGCCGCCAGGAAUUUCGGUUAUGUAUUUCUGUACCGGACACCCGAUAAGGUGCGGGUGCAAAUCGGUGACGAUCAGUUAGAAUUUCGACUGUUGGAGAUUAUUGAUUUUAAUAAUGUGCGCAAGAGGAUGUCGGUAAUUCUGGAAAAGGACGGAAAAAUUGUACUGUAUUGUAAAGGUGCGGAUUCGGUGAUUAUGGAGCGUUUGGCGAAGACGGAGGAGAAUGAGCAGUUGGCGGAGGUCACGAACGACCAUUUGGAACAGUUUGCCGGGGAAGGGCUUCGAACGCUGUGCUUAGCUUGGAAAGAAAUUCCUCAGGAUCAGUUUGACAGCUGGCGGAAGAAGUACGAAGAAGCCAAGUUGUCGAUGGACGACCGUGAUGAUAAAAUGGACGAAGUGGCAGAGGAAAUCGAGACCGACCUGAAUUUAAUCGGCGCAACGGCCAUCGAAGAUAAACUACAAGAUGGCGUACCGGAUGCCAUUGCCAGCCUGGCAUUGGCAGAUAUCAAGAUAUGGGUUUUGACCGGUGAUAAGUUGGAAACCGCAAUAAACAUUGGCUAUUCAUGCCGCUUAUUAACCGAAGAAAUGGAAGAGGUCUUUGUUAUUGAUGCUGAAGAAAAAGAGGGUGUGAAACAGCAGCUUGAGAAAGCAUACGAAGAGCUUUCACAUCCGGAUAAUGCGCCGGUUUGGAACCCAUCUUCCAACGAAGUAUUCCAGCCGCGCGAAACAAUCGUACGCUUUGAAGGCGCCGAUGAUAAAGCUGAGAAAAACGGCGGAAACCGGCCGCGGAAGAAGUCCGGUGGCGACACACUGGAUGACCCGAAACCAACCGGAAAAACCUAUGCUCUCGUUAUCCAAGGCAAAAGUUUGGCUUUUGCUUUGGAAGCGGAGCUGGAAGAGAUCUUUCUAAAAAUCGCUUGCCUCUGCUCCGCUGUGAUAUGCUGUCGAGUGACCCCCCUCCAAAAAGCUCUGGUUGUCGAACUGGUAAAAAGAAGGAAGCAAGCCAUCACGUUGGCUAUUGGAGAUGGUGCAAAUGAUGUCAGCAUGAUCAAAGCUGCACAUAUUGGCAUUGGUAUUAGUGGACAAGAAGGCAUGCAGGCUGUGCUGGCUAGUGAUUAUUCCAUCGGUCAAUUCCGGUUUUUGAAGCGGUUAUUGCUUGUCCACGGCAGAUGGUCAUAUUAUCGAAUGGCUAAAUUUUUACGCUACUUUUUCUACAAGAACUUUGCAUUCACGCUGUGCCAUUUCUGGUACGAUAUGUUCUGCGGAUUUUCUGCUCAGGUUGCAUAUGAUCCGUUAUACAUCACAUUUUAUAAUCUGUUAUACACGGCUACGCCCAUUGUUGGAGUCGCCAUUUUUGAUCAGGAUGUAAACGAUGUAAACAGUAUUGAUUUCCCCAAAUUAUAUACUCCAGGACACCGGAAUGUGCUCUUUAAUACUUGGCAGUUUUUUAAGAGUGUAAUUCAUGGAUUUGCCACUUCCUUAGUAGUAUUUUAUGCAACAUACGGAGCAAUGCAUUAUUAUGUCGAAGAUCUCCAUGGGAUGCAGGCGUUCCAAACGGCAUUGGGAACCAUCUUAUUCGUUACAGUCACUGCCGAUGUUGCACUGGAUACGGCUUUUUGGGCCUGGAUAAACUAUGCUUUUGUUUUCGGCAGUCUGCUUGUUUAUUUCGCGGCCACAAUGGCCAUCCACCAGUUCCCGGUUUUAUCCGCGUAUUAUGGCACCGAUUUGAAAGUCUUCUUGAACCCUUCGUUUUGGUUCACGUUGGUGCUUACCGUGAUUGUUCUCACCGUGCCCAUUGUGUUGGCCAGGUUUUACAAGCUUGACGUGAAUCCGAGCUUAUCCGAUCGCAUUCGGAUGCGCCAGAAGAACGCAUCGCGCCGGCAGAGGACCAUCCAGUUAGUCCAGCGACCCAGCUACCUCCGCCGCAGCAGUCGUUUACGCGGCAGCCGCUUCAAGCGCAGUGGCUACGCUUUCGCGCACGAAAGCGGUUUCGGCCAUCUGAUCACUUCCGGUCUGAAUAUGUUUGGUGGAAAUGAAGGCACGAAGGAGAGUGGCUCAGUGCGGCUGUUCUCCCGUUUCCAAAAGCAGCGCGCUGAUACGAACUCUAAAUUUAAGCAGAAUUUCAUCAUACAGGAUAAUCCCAAAGCGGAGAUGAAAGAAAUUGGGUUGCCUGUCACGGGGGACGAAGUGGAUGCCGCCAGUAGAGACGAAUCGGUGCGGACGACGACAUUUUGAUUUUUCCUUUGCUCAGAUUUUGUGUUUUAUUAUGGAGUUUUUUGUGAGAGACUUCGUUUCGGGUUUAUAGUUUAGUUUUGUACAAUAAGAUGAUUUCUGCGGGUGGGGAGUAUUUUAAUGGUCAAGAUUUACUGGAGAAGUGUAUGGAUAAAAGCACCUCUAAG